AUGGUGAAUGACAUUUUCACGUAUAAAGUGCCGUUGGAGAGAAAACCGUAUACUAAAAGAAGAGUCUUGUCUACUAUAAACGGAUUAUUUGAUCCUCUAGGCUUUGUAGCACCAGUUGUGUUAGGCGGUCGGCUCAUCAUGAAACAGGCUUUGCAAGAUCAGAAUCUAGAUUGGGACGACCCACUUUCUGAAAACUUGAGGAAAGAUUGGAUAAGUUGGCAAGAUUCAUUGGCACAACUAGAAGAAUUAGAGAUACCACCAACAUUCACCGACUUAUCUUUUGAUAAUAGUGCUAGACGGGAGCUCCACGUAUUCUCUGAUGCGUCAAAGGAAGCUAUUUCGGCAGUAACGUAUUUACGGACAGUUGAUUCCGACGGAAAUUCACAAAUAGUUGAACAUACUUACUAUUACACGGACAGUCAAGUUGUGUUAGGUUAUAUAAACAAUACAUCUCGCAGGUUCUAUGUCUAUGUUGGAAAUCGUGUUGACAAGAUAUUGAAGCUUUCUUCACGAGCGCAGUGGAACUUUGUUCCUACAGAGAAAAAUCCAGCUGAUCAUGGCACAAGGCCGGUAAAAAAAGAGAGCAUGAAAGACUGUAAAUGGUUACAAGGACCUGAAAUAAGUGACUCUAAUGUAAGUGACGAUAAGUGUAAUGAUUUUGAAUUGAUAGAUCCUGAGCAAGACAGUGAAGUUCGUCCAGUGAUAGAAGUUAAGAAAGUUGAGGUGGAGAGAUCGAACCUUGGCUGUCACCGCAUUGAACGCUUCCCAUCGUGGAGUAGGUUAGUUGCAGCAAUGUCAUGUUUGAAACGGAAAUCAGCGUCGUGCUAUAAAGACAGUCAGAAGGAGAGAAAUACUAGUAAUGUCGAGUUCAAAGUUGAUGCUGAAGAGACUAUUUUGAAAGAAGUUCAGGAAGAAGUAUAUAGCAGUGAAAUUGAAUGUUUGCAGAAAAGUAAACCAGUACAGAGAAACAGCAGUUUGGUGAAUCUGUCUCCAAUGUUAGCCUCAAAAGGACUGUUGAGAGUUGGUGGAAGGUUGAAUAAUGCAUCAUUGGACACAGGGGAGAAAACUCCGGUUAUCAUUCCCGGAAAGUCUCACAUCGCGAUAUUGCUCGUAAGACAUCACCAUGAGAAGGUAGCUCACCAAGGUCGCCAUUUAACAGAAGGAGCCGUUCGUUCAGCCGGCUUCUGGAUCACGGGUAGAAAGAGACUAAACAACAGUAUACGGUGUCGUAGGCUGAGACGACCCAUUGAAACUCAGAAGAUGUCUGAUCUACCUCCCUGUAGAGUAACGGCUUCCGCACCAUUCACGUAUGUAGGGGUUGACACCUUUGGCCCCUGGUCUAUUUUGACUCGUAAAACUAGAGGUGGGGCGAAUAACUCCAAUCGAUGGGCUAUACUGUUCUCUUGUUUAUACACCAGAGCAGUACACGUAGAAGUAGUGGAGGACAUGAGUGCUUCAUGUUUCAUCAACGCCCUCAGGAGACUCAUAGCGUUUCUGGGUCCGGUCAAGGAAUUUUACUCUGAUCGCGAGACCAACUUUGUAGGAGCGGCCAGUGAACUAGGAAUCGACAAAAUAUGUGUAGAAGAUUUGCACAUUUUUCUAGAACAACAAGGUUUGUGGUAUUUCAACACCCCACAUUCUUCCCACAUGAAUGGAGCGUGGGAACGCAUGAUUGGUCUUGCUAGAAGGAUUCUGGAAUCCCUACUGUGGGAUUCAAAACAUCUUACUCCUGAAGUUUUGUGUACACUUAUGGCAGAAGUUGUGUGUAUAAUCAAUUCUAGACCAAUCACAACUGUUUCUGAUGAUCCAACUUUGCCCACUAUUCUGUCGCCUAAUAUCUUGUUGACACAUAAAUAG